AACCACACUCAAAAGAAAAUCUUCUCUUCUAAUUUGCUCUCAACAUUUCUUUUACUUGUCUCCUUUGCGUCUCCACUACACAUCACAACAUGGCUUUGAAGACAGCCUUUGUUGCUUUUAUGCUUCUCCUUGCCAUCUAUUCCCAAACGACGCUUGGACACAAUGUGAAGUGCGAGAAUCUGGACGAAGACACGUGUGCAUUCGCGGUCUCGUCCACCGGAAAACGUUGUGUUUUGGAGAAGAGCGUGAGGAGGAGCGGGAUCGAGGUAUACACAUGUCGAUCAUCGGAGAUAGAAGCGGACAAGGUCACGAAUAUAAUUGAAUCAGACGAGUGCAUUAAAGCGUGUGGUCUAGACAGGAAAUCUUUGGGUAUAUCUUCAGACGCAUUGUUGGAAUCCCAGUUUACACAGAAACUCUGCUCGGUUAAAUGCUUAAACCAAUGCCCUAACGUCGUCGAUCUCUUCUUCAACCUUGCUGCUGGUGAAGGAGUGUAUUUGCCAAAGCUAUGUGAAUCACAAGAAGGGAAGUCAAGAAGAGCAAUGUCGGAAAUUAGGAGCUCGGGAAUUGUAAUGGACACUCUCGGACCGGUUGGACCGGUUAGGUUGGGCGAGAUGGCACCGGAGCCGGCUACUUCAAUGGACCACAUGCCUUACGUGCCGGCACCUUCACCGUAUUGAUUAAGGCAACGGAAAAUGGAGAGAACACGUACCAUGUCAUGAGUUUUCGACGAGAAUAAUUAAGAGAUUUAUGUUUAGUUCGAUGGUUUUAGUAUAUUACAUCGUUUGUUGCGUACUUAUAUGUAUUUCAUAAAACACACCACCAGGCAUAAGAGAUGGUGAAAGUAGGAAUGCGUUCUGGUGUAACUUUUACACAAGUAACGUCUUAUUAUAUUAUACGACCCAAUAAUAUGUGAGUAAAGUU